UGAGAUGUUACUCCCUAUAAUUUUGAUGUUAUAGUGUUAACUUUGUAAAAGUCAUCUAGAAUUUUCCAAAACAUAAUUGAAUUUUACCUCUUACAAAACAAGUUCCAUCCCAAACAGACUAAUCAAUGGCCACCAUUGAGGUUGAAUACACGAACAAAGAACUAAAGCACCUAGGGUUUUUGAAGAUCGCUGCUAUUCAUACUUAUGUGUUUAUCUCAUAUCUGUAUGAAUCCGCUAAGAAGAACGCGGGACCUUUGAGAUCCGUUGUUGAAACAGUGGAGGGAGCCGUAACCACUGUUGUUGGUCCUGUCUACAACAAAUUCAAGGACGUCCCUGAUGAUGUCCUUGUUUUUGUUGACAACAAGGUGGAUGAAGCAACCGACAAGUUCAGUGAGCAUGCUACUCAUAUUGCUAAGCAGCUUACAGACAAAACAAAAUUCUUGAUUCAGAAAGUAACACAUGAGGCAGGGAAAGUUGGAAGACCAAGAGCAGCUGUAGAUUAUGUUGCUACAGAGACCAAGAAUUUGCUACUAAUUAAUUCAGUGAAGCUUUGGACUGGACUCAACAAAUUUCCACCAUUCCAUGCAGCAGCAGAGAUGACAAUUCCCACUGCCGCUCACUGGUCUAAGAAAUACAACCAUGCAAUCAAGGACAUGGCUGGAAAGGGUUAUAGUUUUGUUGGUGUUUUUUGUUACAAGUCAUGGACUCGGAGCUGCCCUCCUAUCACUCUUGUCCUGGACUUGGAUGAAACUUUGGUGCACUCUUCCCUGAAACCUUCUGAGGAUGUAGACUUUACUUUCACUGUGAAUUUUAAAUCUGAGGAGUACAUUGUCUAUGUACGCUGCCGUCCUCACCUAAAAGAAUUCCUUGAGAGAGUUUCUGGUCUUUUUGAGAUUAUUAUAUUUACAGCUAGUCAAAGUAUUUAUGCUGAGCAACUCCUAAAUUUGCUUGAUCCAAAGCGGAAGAUAUUUCGCCAUCGUGUAUUCCGUGAAUCUUGUGUUAAAGUGGAGGGGAAUUACCUCAAAGAUUUAACAGUGCUUGGUUGUGAUUUAGCACAUGUUAUGAUAAUUGACAACUCCCGACGGGCAUUUGGAUUCCAAGUGGACAAUGGAAUACCAAUUAAGAGUUGGUUUGGCGAUCCUUCGGAUAAAGAAUUGCUUUUAUUACUUCCUUUCUUGGAGAGUUUGGUAGGAGUUGAUGAUGUCCGGCCCAAAAUUGCUCAAAGGUUCAAGCUCCGGGAUAAAAUUGCUACUGCUGUGCAUCCUUUGAAUACAAAUGGAAGGGAUUUCUUGUCUGAAUAAAUUGUGCAUUGAUGAACAUUGUGUAGGAAAGGAGAGCCCUUUUGUUUGUUGUAACACUUCUUAUAUUAUGAUUUUUUUUCUCUUUCGGUUACUUAUAUUAUGAUAUUAACAACAGCAUUCUCCUUGUCAUUAAAGUUGUAAUGACACCGUUGAACCAGAAAAGGGGUAUAGGAGACUCUCAUCGUUAAAUAUUACCAAAUUAUCUAUCAACCA